UUGAAGGAGAGAGUGAAUAAGGAAGCCGUUAAAAAAUCUGAAACAGACUGAGUGAAAGAUCAAAAUAGCAGCAGACGGCACUCAUGGCGGUGUUUGGUGCACAGCUGGUGGUGACGAUGGUGAUGGCCAGUGUGCUGUCCCGCAUCACGCCACACUACUCCCUGGCGCGCUGGCUGCUCUGCGGCACGGGGCUGGUGUACUACCUGCAUCCCACUGACGAGGAGCUGCGGAGCCAGGCGGGGCUGCUGAAGGAGAAGGGGAAGAAGGGCAAGAGUGGAAGCAAGGGGGGUGGUAAAGGAGGAGGGGCAGGAGGCGGUGGGGAGGAUGAUGGAGGGUUCACAGUGCCCCGUAACCUUGACCUGACCCUGGAGACCUCCCGCCUGGGCCCCGGUGAGGUCAUCCAGCUCAGGUUCUAUGCAGAGUACCAGUGGCUUCUUGACUUUUCCCUCUGUGCUGUGCUGGUGUAUGUCAUUACUGAGGUGCUGAUGGCCGUGGCUCCUCCCAGGGCAGAGGUAAACCUUAGUAUGCUGUGGUGCCUCCUGGCGAUUGGAUUCUCUCUCAAGAUUAUGUUCACCCUGGCCAUGCUGUACUUCCGAGGGGAGGACUCGGGCGGGGAGAAAGCCAUGGUGGUGCUGUCCUUCUUCACCUACCUGCUCAUUGCUCUAGGGAUGCUGAUACUGGAUGAGAGCAAGCUGGAGAUGGGGCUGGACUUGGCUUACUCCUCUUUCAAUGCUAGUGCUGCAGCCUUCCUCCGAGCCCAGGGCCUGCCAUCUGACGGGCCAGCCUCCAAGGUGACAUUCAAGCUGAGUCUGGCAGUGCUGUGUGCCAUCAUUGGUGCAUUCUUCACCUUCCCUGGACUGAGGCUUGGCAAGAUGCAUUGGGACUCACUCAGGUACUGCACGGAAAGCAAGGUCCUGCGAGCACUGUUCCACCUCAGCUUUGUGGCUCCUCUGCUCUUGGUCACUAUGUGGAUUCGGCCAGUCUCUCGGCGCUAUCUGACUGAGUACACCCUGCCUGGUCGUGCCCAUCCCCUCAUGGGACCCGACACCUUUGACACCCUGAGGAUCGUGAUGGUGCUGGCAGUGAGUGCAGUGAGGCUAGGGCUUAUGCCUUACUACCUACAGUCCUACCUCAACCUGGCGUACGAGAAAAUAGAGGCACAGAAGAAAGAGUCAGGUCGUAUCUCCAACAAGGACCUGCAAAAGAAAAUAGCAGGUGUGUUCUACUACCUGUGUGUUGUGACGCUGCAGUACGUGGCGCCCAUUGUGCUGUGCCUCUUCCUCUCCCUCAUGUUCAAGACUCUCGGUGGUCUGAGUUGGGCAGCCUUGUUUGGGGGUCAGUCCAGCCCCGGGGAAUGUGGCCUUACUCCGGAGGGUGGCGCCGAGUCAGCCCCUCUCCCAGCCCUGCAGGACGCCGAGACAGUGAUGGAGGCCACACGCAUCCUUACUCUGGGAAUUGAGGAAGUGAAGAAGAUCUUCACCGUCGAGUUUUACAGAGGAGUGCUUGGCUUCACAACGUGGUGGUGUGUGUUCUCCUGGUUCCUCUCGGGGACGUUCGGUGUUGCCUACCAGUCCUACUUCACCAAGGGAUAGUGCGUCUGUCUGUCUGUCCACUGCCUACUCGACCAUCCAUUUAUCUCGUCUAUUUGCAUGCUGGUACCCAUUCACUGUUUUCAUGUUGGUACUCCUGUGUAUUUUUUUGGGUGGAGAAGAUUCAUUGUGUUCCUUUGCUUGGUUUCCAGCGUUGUUGUUGAAGGUGCCUUCCACAAAUCAUCAUGGCAGAUUGUCUCUCCCCAUUCAUUUUUUUAUUCAGUUUUAUUGUAUGCGUUUUAGUUAUUUGUGUCUUGCAAGUGCACACAGCAUGAGUUAAAAAAUGUGUGUGUUUAUUAUGAGCAGACAGAAAUAAGAAAAUACUUAUAUAAUGCAUGAGGAAAGAUAUAUAUGUAGUAAAAUGCAAAAUAUCUAUGAGGUGUAUAAAGAAAAAUGUACAGGUUAAAGACAAAUGCUUAUAUAAAGUGUAAGGAAAAUUAUCUAAGUAAAUUGAAAAGUGUAGCAUAUAUAGUAAGGGAGUUCCAUCUCUCAGCUGCUGAACUGUGAGCUGCUUGAGCCUCUGUAAAUAGUCCAUGUGCACAAAGAACUCGUGAGAAAAAUAAUAAUCUCGGUAAGCACGUCCUCAAGCCUCCAGGAACUCACACUCAGGCCUUCAGACAUUGCUGCAUUGGCCAAACUUUGUGUAGUCAUUUGGUGGGUGGGAAUAGAAAGUAAUAAUCAAAGGUAAAAGCUUCUGAAUAUCAAGUGAAUAAGUUUUCCUUUCACUCACAAGGUGCAAAAAUAACCACCACUGUGUGUCUGAGGUGCCGUUUUCUGUUCACUAUGAAAAUAAGUUGAUAAUAAAGGUGCUUAUCUUAGGGUUCUCUACAAACUGCAAAGUUCUGCAUGCCAUCAAAAUUAGUGUCUGAAUAAGAGGUGCAGUUUUCUACUCUAGGUGGAAAUAAGUUAAUAAUACAGGAGAGAGAGAGAGAGAGACUGGGGAGCAGAUGUAAUGUACAGUGCAUUGUCAAACCUUGUCGUGUGCUGUGAGUGUGAUCAUGACGUUUGUAAAUUCAGAAGUAAUGAAGGUCUGUGUGUUAGUAGUUACGAAUACUACAUACUCUUUUAAUUUCUGCACAUAAAGAUAUAGUCAUGGCUGUGAAAUAUUUGCUGAAGGAAAGACACAAACUGCUUCUCCAUAAAGGUGCAUAACUGCAAGCUUGAAUUUUUGUGACUGUGACCAUUUUUCUCUUGUGCGGUGUUACCAUUAACAGUACCUCAGAUGUGACUGGUGUUGCUCUGCCGGAAUGUCCCUUUGUGUUACUUCCUCUUAGUAUUACUUUUACGAACUGUGUGGUGGUGAUGAUGGUGUCAGACUCAGUGUUCCCAUUUUUGUUAUGGAUGUGCCAAAGAGAAUAGAGGACAAUACUCACCCUUAAUGUAUUCUCAAAUGCCGCUACCUCUUCUUGAGUACUUUUGAUAAGCUGCAGUGGUGGGUAAUCAGAUUUUUAACAAGAGUUUUUAUGAUUCCUGUUCUAGUGAUAUGCAACAAUUUACAGCACUGGAAGCAAUGCAUGGAGUUUAUCAUAAGCAUCUACAAGAAAGAAAGGCAUAAAAAAAUAGAUGUUGCAAUUUCUAGCCAGUGCAGUGUGGAAUAAGAAAAGGUGUCUCAGUGUGGUCAAUGAUCAAAGAAAGACAUGCCAAAUAUCAGUGAAGGGACAAGGUUUUUAUAUUAUCAAUAAGAAACACCCUUGAGAAUCUGGCUAAUCAUCUCUGUGGCUUUUGAAAGUAGUCGUUAUGAGUGUCCAAAGCAUUUCAAGAGUACAAGACUGGAUUCCACUGACAGUAUUAGGACCUGCAGGUAAACCAUCACUCUGGAAAAUGACGCAACCCUGCACAUCACCAGGUGUGUGUUUAGCCACCAACAGAAGGCCUAGUCUGCACCAUCACACUGUGCCACACCAUCACACACCUGCCAGAGCCUAACACAUGUCUGCCUUUUCCCCAUUCUGGCCACACGAUGCACCUCACCCAUGUUGCAGCCUUUACUGGGGGUCCUUGACUUAUGACGGAGUUUUGUACCUGUGUCACUCACCAAUGCUAAUGCUAAAGGGACUGCCAUGGGUAGGCCUGAUGGCUUCUUGCAGCAUCCCUUAUUUUCUGAUGUUACUAUGUUCUUAAAGUACUGUAAAGUCACAAUCAUGAACAAAAAUCAUAACUACUAUAUCUGUGAAAAGAACACAUGGAGAACGAACAGUAAAUAAGAGAACAAUAGAAUAAGUAACCAAAAAAUCAAGAAAUAUAUAUACAGGGAUAAGCACCAUUAUAAACUAAGGACUCCUGUACGUCAUCGCCUGCCAGUGAUGUUGGAACAGUUAAGGUAGCCAUCAUAGGAAGACUUGAGAGGCACCUUUAUGUUACAGGACUCCCACCAGCAGUCCCAACCCUUACAGUCACUCUCCUCCAUCCCUUCCUUGUAUCCUUUGAAAUAUCUGAAGUCUUGUCUUUUUAAACCAGAUGAUCCUAAGUAGAAGAGGAGGAAGAGGAGUUUGAUGUAAUAGAUGAACUGAAUAAUGAAGAAGAUGAGGGAGAAAUUGAGUAAAUAGGUGUGGGAUUAAAAGGAGGUGAAUUAGGAAGAGAACUAGAAGAUUCAGAAGAGAGAAUGGAGGAAGGGAAUGAAAUAGUAGAAGAGGAAGAGAAAAGAAAGGCAGAACUAGAGGAGGAGGAGGAACAAGAUGUGGUACACUCAGAAAAGGAUGAAGAGGAGAAAGAGGAGAAUAGAGGAGAAAGAAGAGAAAAUAAGAAAAGAACUAGAGAAGAAAGAAGAAAAAAGAGAUGUGAUACUCAGAAGUCAGAACCAGAAAAGAGAGUAAAAGAA